CAGAGACUCAGAAGAAAUCCAGGAAUCAGCAAACAGAUGUCAGCAACACAACACAGUUGUGAAAAAUCAACCAACAAUGUUGUGGGAGGAGACGAACUUCCUCAGCCCAUCCUAACUGCUGAGAAAGCGGGCGGAUCCCUCAGCAACUUCACACUCGAGCUAUUUCCCUAGCAACAUAUAUCAUGUGGUUGCCUAGAAACAGUAACAGCGGUCGCUAGAGCAGGAUGAAUCUGAACGAAAGAAAACAGUCUUUGCCUCUGAAGAGAAAUUCCGAUCACAUAUACCUAGAUGGUUCCUCUCGUCCGCCAUUUUCUACAUCAGACUGCUCCUCCAGCCACAGCCUGAGUCCUAGUAGAAGAUACUCAGUAUUCAGACAGAGAGGAUUCUAUUCGGAUAUUUUGACGCACAGGGCAAGCGCACAGCUAACAGAUGUGAGCUCAGGCCCUGACAUACAACCAGACUUACUUGUGCAGGCUGGUCAAGCCCUCCACACCCCAAAAGUGACCAGUUUUCAGGCUCCUCAAUGUCUCCAAUCUUACUUGGACAACCAAGUCAUUGGUCCAACCACUGAGCUGCUGGUAAAAUCCGAUUUUUCAAAAAGAGGAUAUGAGCCAAAGGUGCAGCUUCCAUUUACAGCGGAACCAGGCAAAUGCCCACGAAAGAUCGAGCUAGAAAGGAGAAGACGUGAAUAUCUCAAAUUGAAUAUAGCUCAGCUGCUGAUAAAUGAAGGGAUAGAUUUAAACCUACUAAUGCCGCGCCGUACACACACCAACAAUCUUCCUGGCACUGCGCCCACAUAUCUACCAUUGGAGGUGUUUGACAAUGAAGACUUUGAUACCCGCACAUGGGAGGAGUGGAUGAGUCUGGGAACUGAAGAACAGAAGCCUGUUCCAGGCCAAGCUUUGCUUCCUGUAGAUGAUGUCCUGGGACACGAAGAUCCUAAGAACCCUGAACUGGUGUAUGAAUGGUGCGGUGUUGGUGUUCUGAAAUAUGAGGAGGAUAAAAAGCUGUACCUGGUAUAUAAAGCAAAUAACAGUGGCCUUAAGGAAACCGCAAAGACCACGGUCCUCAUGAGCAAUGAAACUUCAGAUGCAGCUAAGCUCACGCAGUACCAUUACUGGGUACCACGUAUUAGGCUGAUGUUUUGCGCUGAGGACCCACGUGUUUUUACUCAAAGAAUUGUAGCUGCUAACCAAUUACGUAAAAAGACUGAAGCCUUACUGAUGUAUAACUUGUACAUAGACUGCAUGCCCACAAAUGGAAAGUGUGUGCUCCCAUCACACAGUCUGAACAGGGUGAAGAACUGUCUGCUGAGUACACCACAUCUGAAGCACAGUGAUCAUAUGGAGCAUUACCUAAACCGUUUAGAGAAUGAAAUCAAUCUAGAGUAUGAGCGGACCUUUAACAAGAUGAUAUUUGACAAACUGGUGUCUACAAAGCCUCAGACGUUUCCUUAUAUUACGCUCCCAGAUAAAGCAGAAGAGUUUUCUUCUGUUAAAGGACAAAUUGAUAUUCCAAAAUAUAAUUUUGCCAAGAGUCGGGCUGCCUUUACAUUUGUUACCCUUCUGACAAGGUCGGAGGUCAUCACAUCUCUCUGCAAAGUGCGCACUGAGUGCAACAAAGUUUGUAGUAUGUCUUUGUUUCACUCAACCAUAACCAAAUGCGUCAGGCUGGAAGAGUUUGAGCAAACUCAGUCACAGGCCUUCUCUCAGGUCCAGUUGUUCCUCAAGGACAGCUGGAUCAGUACUUUGAAGAAUGUUGUUCGGAACAGUCUGAGAGAAGUUGGGAAAGGCUGGUAUGACCUAAGUGAAUGUAACUGGGAGGUGUAUAAUAUGUCCAAAUUGCGCCAACUCAUGGAGCUCAUCAAAUUUAAUCUCCAAGACAGUCUAAGGUUCCUAGUGCAGGACUCUCUUGUUAACUUCACUCAGUUUAUCAUUGAUUCCUGCUACAGUGUUUUGGAAUGUGAAGAAGACAUGGAGUGGGGAGGAGACCUCAUCAACAGCCCAUACAAACCUCGCAAAAAUCCUAUUUUUAUGUUGGAUUUGGUGCUCGAUACGUCAGGUGCUCAUUUCAGCACCCCUCCUGAGAACUUCAAAACAUCCGUUAUAACUCUGUUUGACAAAGGGAUCCUAGCAACGCACAGUGUGCCCCAGCUGGAGAAAUUUGUAUUGGAAGAUCUGUUUAUCAGUGGGACACCCUUGCUUGAGUCUGUGGGUCUACGAGAGCCAUUUGUGGAAAAUCUACGGAAUACUGUCAGCUUAAACAUCAGCAAAGCCCUGAUCCCGCUGCAAGCUUACGCAAAGUGCUAUGAGAAGUUCCUGGAACUGAAUAACACAGAUGUGGAGACCUUUUUAAAAACGUUCAAAGACAAGAAUCCUUCAGCUGCAGAGGUUAAGUCUGAGGUAGAACUUCAUCUUCUGGAAAAAGAGCGCCUGGAUAACGCUCUCCCUUCCUCUAUAAUUAUUGGUCCUUUCCAGAUCAAUAUUGAAGGUGUAAAGCAGAACUUAUCACGAAAGCGCAAGACACUCUCAAACGCAGUACUGGAUGUCCUAGCUAAGACUACACACAGUCAAGUGGAGGAGACAUCAGAGCAGUUCCGAUUCAUCAGCCGUAAACUUUAUGAGAAGCCAAAUAGCGUGGAGGAGCUUACAGAUCUGCGUGAGUGGAUUAAGGGAGUUCCUGAACAGGUCAAAAUGCUUGAGGAGCAAAUAGCUAAAAUUCUUGCUGAUUAUGAAGUAAUGGACGGCUUACUCUACAGUCUGUCACAGGAUGACUUUAAUGCCAAAUGGGUUGUCAUUUCCUGGCCAAAUAAAAUCACAACCCUCAUGGAAACCAUUAGAGAACAGCACUUGGAUGAUGAGGAGAAGUUUCGCAAAAUCCAAGUUAUGGAUCAAAACAAUUUCCUGGAGCGUCUUGAUGGUUUGCAGAUUGCUGUUGCUGGUUUUUCCUCUUAUACGGAUAUUAACCGAGCACAUGAGACCGCUAAUGAAGUGAGGAGAGUGCACAAACAACUCAAGGAAUCACAGCAAUUGUCUCAGCUCUAUAACAAUAGAGAGAGGCUGUUUGGGUUGCCAGUUACUAAUUAUGACAAGCUGCUGAAGAUGGUAAAGGAUUUUCAGCCCUAUCGUGACCUGUGGACCACAGCAUCUGAUUGGAUGCGCUGGUUCGAUAGCUGGAUGAAUGAUCCUCUUACUUCUAUUGAUGCAGAGCAGCUAGAGAAGAAUGUGGUAGAAUCAUAUAAGACAAUGCACAAGUGUGUGAAACUUUUUCGGGACAUACCAGGCUGCCAAGAUGUUGCUCAGGACACUAAAGGUCGUAUUGAAGAAUUCAAGCCUUAUGUUCCAUUAAUACAUGGCCUACGCAAUCCUGGUAUGAGGAACCGGCACUGGGAAACCCUGUCUGAACAAAUACAAAUUAAUAUUAAACCAAAAGCCAACUUGACCUUCUCCCGUUGUCUGGAGAUGAAUCUUCAGGAUCACAUAGAGAGCAUUGCUAAAGUGGCUGAGAUUGCGGGCAAGGAAUUUUCUAUUGAGCAGGCUCUGGACAAAAUGGAGAACGAGUGGACUACAGUGUUAUUUAAUGUGCUUCCUUAUAAAGAGACGGGGACCUUUAUACUGAAAAGCCCAGAAGAGGCUUCCCAGUUGCUGGAUGACCAUAUAGUCAUGACCCAGAGUAUGUCCUUCUCACCCUUCAAAAAGCCUUUUGAGGAACGUAUAAGCACAUGGGAGAGCAAGCUCAGAAUGACACAGGAUGUGCUGGAUGAGUGGUUGACCUGUCAGCGCUCCUGGUUGUAUCUGGAACCAAUCUUUAGUUCUGAUGAUAUUACCAGACAGCUACCCACGGAGAGCAAACGUUACCAGACUAUGGAAAGGACCUGGAGGAAGAUUAUGAAGAAUGCACAUGAAAAUAAGCAGGUUAUUUCUCUGUGUCCUGAUCCUCGUCUCCUGGAGAGUCUGCGGGAAUGCAACAAGCUUCUGGAGUUGGUACAGAAAGGACUUAGUGAAUAUUUAGAGACUAAGAGAGCAGCUUUUCCCAGGUUUUACUUUCUUUCUGAUGAUGAACUAUUGGAGAUCUUGUCCCAGACUAAGGAUCCCACAGCAGUGCAGCCCCAUCUACGUAAAUGUUUUGAGAACGUUGCUCGGCUGCUAUUCCAGCCAGAUCUACAGAUUACACACAUGUACUCAGGAGAGGGGGAGGAAGUCAAACUAUGUUCCCCCAUUUAUCCUACCGGCAAUGUGGAAGACUGGUUGCGGAAGGUAGAGCAGGUUAUGAAGGCCAGUGUGCGCGAUCACAUAGAGAGGUCUAUCAUGAUGUACCCUGAGACACUGCGAACAGAUUGGGUGAUGAACUGGCCUGGCCAAGUGGUUAUAGCUGGGUGUCAAGCAUUCUGGACUAAAGAUGUUUCUGAGGCUUUGGAAGCGGGGAAUUUGUCCACAAAGCUCUAUCCACAGCUUGAAACUCAGCUAAGUGACCUUGUUGCCUUGGUGCGGGGAAAGCUGUCACGCAUGCAGCGUUCUGUGCUGUCUGCCUUGAUCGUGAUCGAGGUCCAUGCAAAAGAUGUUGCUGCUCGACUCAUAGAAGAAAAUGUCAACAGCGUUAAUGACUUUGAGUGGAUCUCUCAGCUCAGGUAUUAUUGGACACAAGAUGAUUUGUAUGUAAGAGCUGUAAAUGCUGAAUUUCUAUAUGGCUAUGAGUACCUUGGAAACACAGGACGCUUGGUGAUAACACCUCUAACAGACAGGUGCUACUUAACACUGACAGGGGCGCUACAUCUGAAAUUUGGGGGGGCACCUGCAGGACCAGCUGGCACAGGAAAAACAGAGACCACCAAGGAUCUAGGAAAAGCUUUGGCAAUUCAAACAGUGGUAUUUAACUGCUCAGACCAGCUGGAUUUUAUGGCAAUGGGCAAGUUCUUCAAAGGUCUAGCCAGUUCUGGAGCAUGGGCAUGCUUUGAUGAAUUUAAUCGUAUUGACAUUGAGGUGCUCUCUGUAGUAGCACAACAGAUCACUACUAUUCAGAAAGCACAGCAGCAGAGGGUGGAUCGCUUCAUGUUUGAAGGAAUAGAAAUUCCUCUAGUGGCCACGUGUGCUGUAUUUAUUACAAUGAACCCUGGCUAUGCGGGUCGUACAGAAUUACCUGAUAAUCUGAAGGCUCUUUUCCGUCCAGUUGCCAUGAUGGUUCCUGAUUACGCUAUGAUUGCCGAAAUUUCCCUCUAUUCCUUUGGCUUUAAUAAUGCUAAAAUCUUAGCUAAAAAAAUCACCACAACUUUCAAGCUAUCAUCUGAACAGCUAAGCUCACAGGACCAUUAUGACUUUGGGAUGAGAGCUGUAAAAACUGUGAUUUCUGCUGCUGGGAAUUUGAAGAGAGAACAUCCCACAAUGAAUGAGGAACUGAUUUGUCUUAGGGCUAUCCGUGAUGUCAAUGUGCCCAAGUUCCUUCAAGAUGACCUGAAGCUCUUCAGUGGCAUAGUGUCUGAUCUCUUCCCACGCAUCGGAGAAGAACACAUUGACUAUGGCAGCCUGGAGGAGGCAAUCCGCAAGACCUGUGUCAAGAAAAAUCUAAAAGAUGUAGAUGGCUUUGUGACUAAAUGCAUUCAGCUGUAUGAGACCACAGUAGUUCGACACGGACUGAUGCUUGUUGGGCCCACUGGCUCUGGAAAAUCACAGUGCUACAAGGUUUUGGCUUCAGCUAUGACAUCUCUCAAAGGGCUCCCCUCAGUCAGUGGUGGAACAUAUGAGACUGUCCACUACUAUGUCCUAAAUCCCAAAUCCAUUACUAUGGGUCAGCUAUAUGGAGAAUUUGACCUGUUGACCCACGAAUGGACGGAUGGGAUCCUCUCUUCACUAAUCAGAAGUGGCGCCUCCUCCACGGAUCCAGACAAGAAGUGGUACAUGUUUGAUGGACCAGUAGAUGCUGUUUGGAUUGAAAAUAUGAAUACUGUCCUGGAUGACAACAAGAAAUUAUGUCUGAGCUCAGGGGAAAUAAUAAAACUUACAGAGGCGAUGACAAUGAUGUUUGAGGUGCAGGAUCUGGCUGUGGCGUCCCCAGCGACUGUGUCCCGCUGUGGGAUGGUUUACCUAGAGCCCAGUAUUCUCGGAUUGUUGCCUUUCACUGAGUGUUGGCUUCGACGUAUACCAGAUGUUAUGAUGCCAUUCAGGGAGCAACUAGAGUCACUAUUUGCUCACUACCUGCAGGAUUCCAUCAUGUUUGUGCGCCGCUCGGUAAGGGAGGUCAUUGUUUCUACAGAAAGCAACCUGGUCAUGAGUCUUCUUAAGCUGUUGGAUUGUCUCUUUCAACCUUUUGUUCCUCAAGAGGGACAGAAAAAUUUCCCGCAGGAAAAGAUAAAUCGUAUUGGGGAAUUAAUUGAACCUUGGUUCUUCUUCUCACUGAUCUGGAGUGUUGGGAUCACUGGCGAUUCAGAUAGUCGGGUUCUGUUCAGUUCAUGGCUGAGGGACAAAAUGAGAUCUGAGCAGGCAGGGAUGCUGUUCCCAGAGCCAGGUCUGGUGUAUGACUACAGACUGGAUGAUGCUGGAAUAAGCAGCGCAGCUGAAGAGGAUGAUGAGGAUACAAAGAAGAAGGUUUGCUGGGUGACCUGGAUGGACAUCACAGCCCCAUUUUCCAUAGCCCCUGACACCAGCUACUCCGAUAUCAUUGUUCCCACUAUGGACACAGUACGAAUGUCUCACCUCCUGGGGAUGCUGCUGACCAACAAAAAGCCGGUUCUCUGUGUCGGCCCAACUGGUACAGGGAAGACGCUCACUGUGUCUGACAAACUGCUAAAAAAUCUGCCCCUGGAUUAUAUCAGCCACUUCCUCAUGUUCUCAGCUCGAACUUCAGCCAAUCAGACACAAGAUCUUAUUGACAGCAAACUAGACAAAAGGAGAAAGGGAGUGUUUGGACCUCCUCUUGGACGGUACUUUAUAUUCUUUAUUGAUGACCUUAACAUGCCGGCUCUGGAAACCUACGGAGCGCAGCCUCCUAUAGAGCUCCUGCGGCAGUGGAUGGAUCACAAGGGCUGGUACGAUCGCAAGCAAAUAGGAGUCUUCAAGCAGUUGGUAGAUAUCAAUUUCUUGUGUGCCAUGGGACCCCCAGGAGGUGGAAGAAAUCCAGUAUCUCCAAGACUCACACGUCACUUUAACUACUUGUCCUUCACUGAGAUGGAUGACAGCAGCAAGAGCAGAAUAUUCUCCUGCAUUUUGGGAAGCUGGAUGGCUGGGGCCCCAGCAGUGCAACGUCUGACGGAGCAGUUAGUUGAUUCCACCAUUAAAGUGUAUAACACAAUAACUUCUCAGCUGCUGCCUACACCCGCUAAAUCUCACUACACAUUCAAUCUCCGAGACCUGUCUAAAGUCUUCCAGGGAAUGCUCAUGGCAGAACCAGCCAAAAUGGAGGAUAAAUACCAGCUCCUGAAGCUUUGGUACCAUGAAUCCUGCCGCAUAUUUCAAGAUCGGUUAGUGAAUGAGGAGGACCGAGGCUGGUUUGACAAGCUGAUGAAGGACAGGAUGCAAGAGUUUGGUGCCAGCUUUGAGGAGGUUGUUCCUCAGCAACCAGUGCUAUUUGGGGACUUCAUGAAUCCUGGAUCUGAGACCAGAUCUUACCAACUUAUUCAAGAUCGUGGGAAGCUUCUCCGAGUGAUUGAGGAAUACAUGGAAGAUUACAAUCAGGUUAACACAAAUAAGAUGAAGCUUGUUCUCUUUCUGGAUGCAGUUCAACACAUUUGUCGAAUCAGCCGUGUCCUUCGACAACCUUUGGGCAACGCUCUCCUGCUUGGUGUGGGUGGCAGCGGGCGACAGUCUCUUACUAAACUGGCGAGUCACAUGGCAGAGUAUGAAUGUUUCCAGAUUGAAUUAUCUAAGAAUUAUGGGAUGUCAGAGUGGAGAGAAGACAUAAAAGGGAUCUUGCUGAAAGCUGGAUUACAGAAUACACAGAUUACCUUCCUCUUUACAGACAUUCAGAUAAAGAACGAGGCAUUUCUAGAAGACAUAAACAAUAUUCUUAAUUCAGGAGAUGUUCCCAACCUGUAUGGGCCAGAUGAACAGGAUGAGAUUGUGAAUGUCAUGAAGCCUGUGGUGUUGGACAUGGGACAACAGCCAACCAAAGCCAACCUAAUGGCUGCAUAUACUCGACGAGUGAUGACAAACAUCCAUACUGUGCUUUGCAUGAGCCCAAUAGGGGAGGUGUUCCGAUCUCGUCUAAGACAAUUCCCUGCUUUGGUUACUUGUUGCACCAUUGACUGGUUUAAUGAGUGGCCUUCAGAAGCUUUAGAAUCUGUUGCUUCCUCCUUUCUGCAAGAUAUUCCUGAGCUUGAAUCUAAGGAGGCCAUUAUCUCAGGCAUGAUUCAAAUGUGUGUGGAGAUCCACCAGUCAGUAGCUGUCAAGUCCAAGCAAUAUCUAGCAGAGCUCUCCCGGCACAAUUACAUCACACCCAAGAGUUACUUGGAGCUGCUCGGUGUCUACUCUAAACUUAUUGCAAAGAAGCUGCUUGAGAUAAAAACAGCCAAGGACAGAAUGAAAACUGGUCUGGACAAGCUCCUUCAUACAGCUGAAGAUGUUGUGAAGAUGCAGGAGGAAUUAGAGACGAUGCGCCCCCUAUUGGAGGAAGCAGUAAGGGACACUGUGUUCACCAUGCAAAAGAUAGAGAAGGAUACAGUAGUGGCUGAGGAAACACGAACUGCAGUGCAAGCGGAGGAAGCAAAGGCCACAGAGAAAGCUCUUAGAGCUCAGGAGAUAGCAGAUGAUGCACAGAAAGACCUGGAUGAAGCACUUCCUGCACUAGACGCAGCCCUGGCCAGUCUGAAGUCUCUCAAUAGGAAUGAUGUCAUUGAGGUAAGAGCCAUGCAGCGCCCACCAGAGGGAGUCAAACUUGUCAUUGAAGCUGUCUGCAUCAUUAAAGGAGUCAAACCAAAGAAAGUGGCUGGAGACAAACCAGGAAGUAAAAUUGAUGAUUACUGGGAACCCGGAAAGGGGCUUCUGCAGGAUCCUGGCAAAUUCCUAGACGGACUCUUUAAAUUUGACAGGGAUAAUAUUCCUGAGGCAGCUAUUAAGUCCAUCCAGCCAUACAUUGAUAAUGAGGAGUUCCAGCCGGCAGCCAUUUCACGAGUUUCCAAGGCUUGUACAUCUAUAUGUGAGUGGGUGCGAGCAAUGCACAAGUACCACUUUGUGGCACGUGGUGUGGAACCUAAGAGGCAAGCAUUGAGAGAAGCUCAAGAAGACCUGGCAGCUACUCAGAAAAUCUUAGAUGAGGCUAAAGCUCGACUGAUCAAGGAGGAAGAGGGAAUAGCCACCUUGCAGGCAAAGUACAGGGACUGUGUGUCAAAGAAGGAGGAUCUGAAACAAAAGUGUGAACAGUGUGAGCAGAGACUGGGUCGUGCUGAUAAGCUCAUCACAGGAUUGUCUGAUGAGCGGCAGCGUUGGCAGGAUACAGUGCUAAAUCUGGAGAACCUCUUAGUAAAUGUGUCUGGAGACCUGCUCCUCUGUGCGGGGUUCUUGGCGUAUCUAGGACCCUUUACGGGCCCAUAUCGGACAGCUCUGUUUGAUCAGUGGACUGUCAAGCUAAAGAACCUGGGUGUCCCCUGCUCACAGGACCCGUCUCUUAUAGGUACCUUGGGAGAACCUGUUAAGAUCCGCUCCUGGCAGAUUGCAGGUCUCCCAAAUGACACCCUGUCUGUAGAGAAUGGAGUGAUAACACAAUAUUCCCAGCGAUGGUCUCACUACAUUGAUCCACAGGGACAAGCCAACAAAUGGAUAAAAAACAUGGAGAAGGACAAUGGACUGGAAGUGGCAAAGCUCAGUGACAGGGACUUUUUGCGCAGUUUGGAAAAUGCAAUCCGAUUCGGUAAACCAUUUUUGCUAGAAAAUGUUGGAGAGGAGUUGGAUCCUGCACUGGAACCAGUUUUACUCAAACAAACUUACAAGCAGCAAGGAAGCACAGUGCUGCGUCUGGGGGAUACAGUAAUUCCCUAUCAUGAUGACUUUAGGAUGUACAUUACAACAAAGUUUCCCAACCCACAUUAUCCACCAGAAAUUUGUGCCAAGGUCACACUCAUCAACUUCACUCUUUCUCCCAGUGGUCUAGAGGAUCAGCUCCUUGGGCAAGUGGUAGCUGAGGAGCGACCAGAUUUAGAAGAAGCCAAGAACCAGUUGAUUUUAUCAAGUGCUAAGAUGCGUCAAGAGCUGAAAGAAAUUGAGGAUCAGAUACUGCUUCGUCUCAGUUCCUCUGAGGGUAAUCCUGUGGAUGAUGUGGACCUCAUCAAAGUACUGGAAGCCUCCAAAGUGAAAGCUGGAGAGAUCAAGGUGAAGAUGCAUGUGGCAGAGCAGACUGAACGAGAUAUAGACAUAACCAGACAACAGUAUGUCCCUGUAGCUGUCAGGACACAAAUUCUAUUCUUCUGUGUCUCUGAUUUGUCUAACGUAGACCCCAUGUACCAGUACUCUUUGGAAUGGUUUCUGGGUAUCUUCACUGCAGCAAUUGCCAAUUCGGAGAGAGCAGAUUCCGUGGAUAAACGAAUUGUGAAUAUAAACACAUAUUUUACCUUCAGUCUUUACUGUAAUGUGUGCCGCAGCCUCUUUGAAAAGCACAAGCUUAUGUUCUCCUUACUGUUAUGUGUGCGGAUCCUCAUGCACCAGGGACUCAUCCGAAUAGAGGAAUGGCGGUUCUUGCUAUCAGGGGGGACAGUUUCCACAUUGGCAGAGAAUCCUUGUCCUGAGUGGCUGCCUGAGAGAGCUUGGAGAGAUAUCCAGGCCCUGAGUGGACUCAGCAACUUUAGUAACAUCAAAGAACAAAUUAAAAAUAACAGCGAAGAGUACAGAAGGAUCUGUGAUAGUCCUGAUCCACACAGGGAGCCACUUCCUGGUCAGUGGGGACAAGCCUUGGAUUCCUUCCAAAAGAUGCUGGUUUUGCGAUGUCUACGGAGGGACAAAGUGACAAAUGCCAUGCAGGACUAUGUGUGUCAGCACCUGGGGCAGAAAUUCAUAGAGCCACAGACAGCAGACCUGGGUGCUGUAUACAAAGAUUCCGCCCCUUCUACCUCACUGAUUUUCAUCCUCUCUCCUGGUACUGAUCCUGCGGCAGAUCUCUACAAAUUCGCAGAAGAGAUGAAGUUUUCUAAGAAGCUUAGUGCUAUCUCACUGGGACAAGGACAGGGCCCUAGGGCUGAGGCCAUGAUGCACAGUGCAAUGGAACGUGGAAAGUGGGUUUUCUUCCAAAACUGCCACUUGGCACCCAGUUGGAUGCCCUCUCUGGAGAGACUGAUAGAGACUAUUGACCCAGACAAGGUGCACCGAGAUUUCCGCCUCUGGCUGACCAGUCUGCCCAGUAACCAGUUCCCAGUAUCCAUCCUGCAGAAUGGCUCUAAACUCACCCUUGAACCUCCUCGUGGAGUGAAAGCCAACCUGUUGCGCACUUACACAAAUCUGACUGAUGCGCAACUGAGUGAAAGCAGUAAGGCACCUCAAUAUAAAGCCCUUCUUUUGUCUCUUUGCUUGUUCCAUGGAAGCACUUUGGAAAGACGGAAAUUUGGGCCGUUAGGAUUCAACAUCCCAUAUGAAUUUACAGAUGGGGAUUUGAGGAUCUGUAUGUCUCAGCUUCGGAUGUUUCUGGAUGAGUAUAUGGAUAUCCCAUUCAAAGUCCUGCGUUAUACAGCUGGUGAGAUUAAUUAUGGUGGUCGUGUCACUGAUGACUGGGACCGAAGAUGCCUGCUCAGUAUCCUUCAAGACUUUUACCAACCUUCAGUUCUAGCUGAAGAUCAUACGUUUUCAGAGUCUGGAGUGUACCGUCAAAUCAGUCCAACCUAUGACUUAAAUGGUUACCUACAAUACAUCCGUUCACUUCCUCUAAAUGAUCUGACUGAGCUGUUUGGUCUACAUGAGAAUGCAAACAUAACAUUUGCGCAGAACGAGACAUUUGCUCUGCUUGAGUCUCUUGUGAAGUUACAGCCAAGAAUGCAGAGCAGUGGAGGGAGUCGUGAUGAGAUAGUGGAAGAGAUUGCUGAAGGGAUCUUAAAGAAGCUUCCUUCACUGAUUUCUGUACAGGAAGUGAUGUCAAAGUAUCCUGUAAUGUAUGAGGAAUCAAUGAACACUGUGUUAAUUCAAGAAGUCAUAAGGUAUAACAACUUGCUCCGUGUCCUAUCACAGUCUCUGAGUGACUUAGUAAAGGCAAUGAAAGGUCAAGUGGUUAUGUCUUCUCAGUUGGAGCUAAUGGCUGACAGUUUGUUUAAUAACACAGUGCCAGAAUUAUGGAAAUCAAAGGCAUAUCCAUCCUUGAAGCCAUUGGCCUCUUGGGUAAUUGAUCUUCUGCAGCGUAUCCAGUUUCUACAGAAGUGGAUUGAUGAUGGAAUACCAGCUGUCUUUUGGAUCAGUGGAUUGUUUUUUCCACAGGCGUUUCUUACAGGCACCUUGCAGAACUUUGCUAGGAAAUAUGUGAUAUCCAUUGACACAAUCUCUUUUGACUUUAAGGUUCUUGGAGAGUCGGUCACACAGUUAAAUCAGCGCCCAUCUGAGGGCUGUUAUAUUCAUGGUUUGUUUCUAGAAGGAGCACGUUGGGAUGGGUCAAUAAUGGAGGUGGCUGAGUCUCGACCUAAAGAGCUCUAUACAGAGAUGGCGGUCAUCUGGCUGAUCCCAGUGCCUGACCGCAAGCCUUCAACGACUUGCAUAUACAUGUGCCCUAUUUACAAGACUCUGACAAGAGCAGGAACUCUCUCUACCACGGGACAUUCCACAAACUAUGUCAUAGCCGUGGAACUACCCAGCAGCAAACCUCAGACGCACUGGAUAAAACGCGGAGUGGCUCUCAUCUGUGCCCUUGAUUACUAAAGCUCCAACCUUGAGACAAAUGGAGGAGAAAAGCCCCAAGCAAGGAACCUACAAAUGUGCCAAUAACAAUUUUGUUUUCCCUAGUUUGUUGCAUUUACAUGUUAAACAAGACUUUGGCCUCCAGCAAAUAUUAGGACUAUUAACUUUAUGGUGUUCUACUUUACAAUCUACCAUUUGUCAUCUGACUUCUAUUUCUAAAACAUUUCUAUAUGGUUUCAAUUUGUUAAAUAAAUACAGUAUUUAUGACAGUUAGAAUGUGUUCUUAUGUUAUGCCAAAUGUGUAAAAUAGUAUGCAAAUUAUGAAAGUGCACACUUUCUUUUAUAUGAAGCCUACACAUUUACUCUCUCUAAAUAAAUACAUUUCUAAAUUAAA